CCAACAAGGAUGACAUGAAGGACUGGACGGAGGUGGAGCUCGACACGUCACUGUCCUUUGGCUCCAUGAGAAAAAUCACAGAGGAGCUGAUUGAAAAGUUUCAACAGGAACUGGACCGGCUGAGCUCCAUUGAUCUCAAGAGGCUUUCACCAUUUACAGUGGAUGUAAAGCUGGAUCCAAACACCGCUCACAAACGCUUGGCUCUCUCUGAAGACGGAAAGGAAGUGGGAGACUCGGGAGAAGACCAGGAAAUAUCUGACUCUCCAGGCCGGUUUGAUCUUUUCGGCAGUGUUCUGGGGCUCAACGGUUUCUCCUCCGGCAGAUCCUACUGGGAGGUGGAGGUCGGCAACAAGACUGGGUGGGAUCUGGGUGUGGCAACAGGAGGCGCCAGCCGUAAGGGCAAACUCACACUGAGUCCAGAAAACGGCUACUGGGUUCUGGUUCAUUAUGAGGAGGAGAAGUAUGCAGCCAUGGCGUCAGUGCCACUUAGUCUGUUCCUGAAAGAAAAACCCACCAGAGUGGGUUUGUUUGUGGACUACAAGGAAGGCCUUGUCUCCUUCUAUGAUGUGAGGGCUCAGUCUCAUAUCUACUCCUUCACUGCGGGCUCCUUCAAAGAGGAGCUUUACCCGUAUUUCAGUCCUCAUUUGAGAGUGGAGGAGAAAAACACCCAACCUUUGGUUAUCUGCAGUGGAAAACAGCUGGAAAUUGAACUGGAUGCUGAAUGGAAAUGUUUGUGCUCCAUUUCUGUUGAUGAGGAGGAGACUGAGGCUCAUCCAUGACCAGUACAUGUUUCCUGUACGUACAGUGGUUCCUCGCUAUAUUGUGGUUCACUUCUAGUGGUCUUGCGGUUUUGUGUAUUUUUCAAAGUGCAUUGGGUUCUGUGUCCUUAUUGGUUGUAGACAAUUGUGAAAUAAUCUCUUCUGUGCUGACUCCAGUAGAGACUGCCAAAUUUACGUAAAUCUUCAAUCAAUCAAGAUUAGAUCCUUGUUUCCUUUCAGUCAAUUCACUUAAUACAACAAAUAUUCUAUGGGAUAUCCCGCAGAACAUGUGUUUAAAUUUUUCCUCUCCUUCAAUUCAAUUAAAUUGUUUUCUAUUUCCCUCAGAGAAUAGAAGCUAUAGACAUAUUUUUUGGAGGUCUAUAAUAUGGGACUUAUUUUCAUGUGUUUGUAUAUAUUUCCAGUAAAGUCUAGUUUUAACUCUUUACUUUGGCUGAUUAUUGUUAUGCUUGAAUAGUUUUGACAGUUGUUAUAUUAGUCAUAACUGUUGUGUUUAAAUGCAAUAGCUUAACAUCUAUCUGUCAUGUUUAUGUACACAUUUAACUAUCAAACAUUCAGGGAACAAAGUUAAAAAAAUAGUUUUACCUGAAAGCCAUUCUCCUUUAUAUUUGGCCUUUAGUUGGAUAUCACUACAAGGCCUUUGACAUCAAAAUUGCCGACAUUAGGAAAUAUAUCUCAAUAAGUCAGUCAUUUACCUACAUAUGUUUGAAGAAAUUAUUACUUGAGGAAUAUUGCCCGAGUUAGACCCUUUCUCUCUAGAGCCAGUGCGGAAAUCUUAAUUCAUGCGUUUAUAACAUCAAGAAUAGAUUACUGCAAUGCGCUCCUCUCUGGUGUAAAGAAAACCAUACUUAACCGCGUGCAACUUGUCCAAAACUCAGCUGCACGCCUCUUAACAAGAACCAGGAAGAGGGAGCACAUUAAACCAAUUUUAAAAUCUCUGCACUGGCUCCCUGUCAGCUAUAGGAUUGAUUUUAAGAUUCUUUUAAUUGUUUAUAAGAGUGUACAUGGUCUUAGUCCUUUUUUUAUAUCAGAUUUACUUUUAGCUUAUGAACCUCCUAGAGCUCUCAGGUCUUCAGACGCGGGCCUGCUGCAGGUCCCUAGAGUCAGGACAAAAACCCAUGGCGAGGCCUCUUUUAGAUAUUAUGGGCCUCGUCUGUGGAACAGUCUGCCUGAGGACGUGAGGGCUUCAUCCACUGUUGAGGUUUUUAAAAAGAAACUGAAGACACAUUUAUUUAAUUGAGCUUUUAAGUAGAUCGUAUUUGGGAUUUAGCAUUUAUAGUAUAUUUUAUUGUAUCUUACCAUGUAUUUAUUUGUUUUAUGCCAUUUACUAAAGUUUUACUUUUUAUG